CUACAAUUUUAGUUGUAGAAUCGAAGCUCGUCAGAUAUAAUGUGAUGAUAUGUACUUGUACCUAGUAAUAAAAUUAAAAGAUUCGAAUAUUUAUUCACGAGUGAAUGUGUGUACAAAUAUGAUAUUAAUGUUAAACAACAAAUCUGAAGAGUAAUAUUGAUUGGGCACCGAAAAAUCAACAUGGAUUUGGAAAAGGAAAGCUUGCUACCAUCAAAAAAACCAUCCCCAGAUCAUUCCUUAUCACUCGUGAAAACAAUUGAUAUCGAUAAUCAUCAUUACACUCAUCACUGCCACCAGGAAUGUUGGUGGGGUUUUCUGCAAUUGCUCUUCCAGAAUUAAACCUAAAUUUGGAGCAAUCUUCGUGGUUCGCCAGUUUACCAGUAAUAGGCUGUAUACUUGGUAACUUGUUAACCGGCUACGUAAUCGACAGAUAUGGUAGAAAGAAGGCUUUUUUCGUCAACACCGUACCAGCAUUCAUCGGAUUCAUUUUUUUGGCGGUGGCUGGACCUCUUGAAGUUGAAUAUCUUUACAUUGGUCAACUAUGUGCUGGAAUAUCUCAAGGUGCAGUCAUUUAUGCAGCAUAUGUGUACAUAGCAGAAAGCUUGGCACCGGAUAAUUUGCAUUUUAGGAGUAGCCUGGCAUCGUGGAACGCAUUAGGCACAAGUUUAGGCAUAUGUAUAACGUAUGUUUUAGCAUAUUUUGUUUUUUACAAAACUGUAGCUUUAAUUGCAGCUUCGAUCGCGUUAAUAUCGUCGAUACUGGUGCUGGUUUUUAUACCGGAAAGUCCUGCCUGGCUUGAUCAACAAGGCAGGUUCAAAGAGGCUCAACAAGCUAGAUAUCGAUUAGGUUGCACACACAUUUCAACACAUAAUGUGUCCAUUGGAGAGAACGUAAAGUCUCGAGAUAGCCUUUUGUCUCACUUACUGAAAGUUGCAAGAAAAGAUGUACAUAAACCACUAUUAAUUGCAGUAACUUACUGCUUUUUUCACCAGUUUUCUGGAACUCAAGUUUUCGCAGCUUACAUGGUGGAUAUCAUCACUGUAAAAUCCUUACACAUUGAUUCCUAUCUAACCACUCUGAUUUGCGGACUGAUCAUGAUGUUGGGCCAAAUCUCGUAUACUGCUUUUCUACCAAAACUAGGAAUAAGAAAAAUCGCUAUUUUAUCUUCACUGGUGGCAAGUUUGGCCGCAUUGGUAUUGGCAAUAUGUAUUUAUUUGAGUGAUUCGGUGACUGGAUAUUCUCACAUUGUCGACUAUAUUCACAUUGUUUCGGUUUGGGUUAACGUGUAUUUCAGUGCAUUGGGUAUUGCUACGGUUCCGUAUGCGAUAUUAGGUGAGAUUUUUCCAACCGAUGCUAAAGGUUUUGCUUCCGUUUCCGUCUUUAGUGAUAAUAUGUUUUAUUUUAUUAAUUUAAUGAUAUACCCUCGAGCAGUGGUGCUCUCAUCUUCCGGUAUUUUUUAUGCGUAUGGGAUGAUAGGGUUUCUGGCAGUACCAUUUGUUUACUAUUGCGUACCAGAAACAGUUGGACGAACAUUGGAGCAAGUUUGUUCCGAUUAUACUUCGUAAAAUCGUAAUUUGUGUAAACUUUUGGGCUAAGGUUUUUCAUCUAGUCGUUAAUUAUAGGUAAAAAUGUAUCUUGAGUACAAAUAAAUUGGUAUAUUUCUUCAUAAAUGUUGGCAAGUUAUUAUACUUUUUGAAUAUAUUAUAAAUACCUACUUAAUUUGAAAAUGAGUUAAGAAUUUUUUUUUUUUUUGAUUUGAAUCCUGCAUAUAGGUUGAUGUGUUUUUUUGUAGAGAAACCUUUCCAAAAAAAGUUUCGUGGCUUUAGGUCUUUCAAUUUUUUGGUAAAAAUUCUAAAUUUUGCAAUGUCUCGAAAUUCUAUUACUCAUCAUUUUUUUCCAUAAAUUGAAUUUGAAUUCAAAAUCAACAUUUAUAGGUCUCUCUAAUUUUAUGAAAGCUCAAAUUUGGAAAAAAUGAAAAAUAAAAACGAGUGAUUUUAAGGACUCCAACGCACGUGAUGAUCUUGAAAUUGAAAGAAUAGGAAUGGGAGAAGCACGUGUAGUCGAUCGAAGUCAACUUGUUUCAAAUUCAAACUACUACCAUGACAUCACUGGUUUAAAUUAAAAUCAUGCACUUUACACGGACUCUAAUUUCGCAUUCAUUCUGCGCACGCAAUUUACAUACCUAUAAUUCAUCCCGCAAUACCUUCAACUGGUAUUACAGAAUACGUCUUGCAAAAAAACUCUGCAAAAACCAGUUUACCUACCACAAUUUUUGUUGUACAUAGAAUCGAAGCAUCGUCAUAUUUGCGAUGAUAUGUAGUAAUAAAAUUAAAAGAUUCAAAAAUAUUUAUUCACGAGUGAAUGUGUAAAAAAUUGUAAAAUGUUAUUAAGACGUGUCAAACAAAAAAUCUAAAGAACAAUAUUGAUUGGGCACCGGAAAAAUCAACAUGGAUUUGGAAAAGGAAAGCUUGCUACCAUCAAAAAAACCAUCCACUGACCAUUCCUUAUCAUUC